CAUCACAAGCACAAGUAUCAGAACCAAGCAACACUAGUUAACACCAAUCCACCAUGAAGACCUUCGUCGUCUUUGCCCUCCUCGCCGUUGCGGCGACAAGUGCAAUUGCGCAGAUGGAGACUAGAUGCAUCCCUGGUUUGGAGAGACCAUGGCAGCAGCAACCAUUACCACCACAACAGACAUUUCCACAACAACCACUAUUUUCACAACAACAACAACUAUUUCCUCAACAACCAUCAUUUUCGCAGCAACAACCACCAUUUUGGCAGCAACAACCACCAUUUUCUCAGCAACAACCAAUUCUACCACAGCAACCACCAUUUUCGCAGCAACAACAACUAGUUCUACCGCAACAACCACCAUUUUCACAGCAACAACAACCAGUUUUACCUCCACAACAAUCACCUUUUCCACAACAACAACAACAACACCAACAGCUGGUGCAACAACAAAUCCCUGUUGUUCAGCCAUCCAUUUUGCAGCAGCUAAACCCAUGCAAGCUAUUCCUCCAGCAGCAGUGCAGCCCUGUGGCAAUGCCACAACGUCUUGCUAGGUCGCAAAUGUUGCAGCAGAGCAGUUGCCAUGUGAUGCAACAACAAUGUUGCCAGCAGUUGCCGCAAAUCCCCCAGCAAUCCCGCUAUGAGGCAAUCCGUGCUAUCAUCUACUCCAUCAUCCUGCAAGAACAACAACAGGUUCAGGGUUCCAUCCAAUCUCAGCAGCAGCAACCCCAACAGUUGGGCCAAUGUGUUUCCCAACCCCAACAGCAGUCGCAGCAGCAACUCGGGCAACAACCUCAACAACAACAAUUGGCACAGGGUACCUUUUUGCAGCCACACCAGAUAGCUCAGCUUGAGGUGAUGACUUCCAUUGCGCUCCGUAUCCUGCCAACGAUGUGCAGUGUUAAUGUGCCGUUGUACAGAACCACCACUAGUGUGCCAUUCGACGUUGGCACCGGAGUUGGUGCCUACUGAUAAGGAAAGAUCUCUAGUAAUAUAUAAUUGGGUCACCGUUGUUUAGUCGAUGGAUAUGUCGAUGCAGCGGUGACAAAUAAAGUGUCACACAAUGUCAUGUGUGACCCGCCCAAACUAGUUGUUUAAAUUCUGAAAUAAAAUAAAAAUAAAGUUGUAUCAA